UGUGGGGAUGUAUUUGGGGGCAGGGGUAUUUUAUAUAAGCUAACUCCCAUGGAGGUAUUUGGGUACAGCAAGGGGGCUCCAUGGCUCCAUGGCUCCAUGGCUCCAUGGCUCCCUGCCCUCAGUAUGAGGCAGUGCUGUUGCGUCAGUGCUGGCCUGGAGUGGCUGGGCAUGCUCACAGAAGGCCUGGCAUAUGGAGCAAUCGGCCCAGAGGCCACGCCACACUAGCAAGUAAACAACCCUAAAUGCUCAGCGCACACAUACUCACUCACUCACUCUCUCUCUCUCUCUCUCUCACACACACACACACAGACAAGACAAGACAGACGUACUCACAGACACACACACACACACAACAACAACAACAACAACAAUUUCAUUGGCUCUGGGUGUUAGGCCUGUUAUUAUCAUUAGUAGUCCAAGACAGUCAAUCAUUGUUCCGCUUUCUCUGGCCACCUCUGUAAAGACACUUCCUGUCAGAGAGAGCGGAAAGGACACACAGCCUCCAGACAUAGUUAAGAUUCUGCCCUGCAGCCCCUCUCUCAUCUCCCCAUAAUUAGGCUUCUCAGAUGAGGGAGAGGAGAGAGCGAGAGGACCAGGACGGGGCAGCAGCAGUGUGCUCUGCUCCCGCUAGCAUAAUCCCCAGAACUCCAGCCCCAAAUCCCCUCAGGGCCUCUGACCCACUUGCUCUUCAUCUGGAUCGGGCCAAUUAGGUUGGCAUAGCCCCACAAACACAACGGUGUGCUGGCACUAAAUCGGGCAUUGGCACGAGGACAGAAGUAGGUAAGCGUAAACAACAACAAGCUGGGGAACACCGAAGAAUGACGAAAGGUGCAGACUGGCAGUAAUCAUGGGAUUAUUUAAAGGGUCACACGAACAGUUUUUGUUGCCAACAAAACAAAGAGAGGCAAUUUAGCCUUGGUAGGAUAGGGAUUGAGUAGUCUGACUUAAAACACCUAAAGCCUAAAACACCUAUCAUAUGGUGAAUAAAUCUUGACUGGUCACUGCUGCCGGUCUAACAGUUAUUUAUUGUAGGGAAACGACAUUCUAUCCAUAUCCAAUCAGGUUGCAGACCAGCUUUAUACUCCAAAGAAGGAAUGGCAAAACACAUCUGACUUGCAUUACUUUGGUGGUUUGUCAAAAGUAAAGCCUCUGAAGACAUCGCUGACUGCCAUUCCACCAUUUACAAAUAUGUCAGGAUUUAGUUUAAUGUAUUCAUCUUCAUUCCGACAAGUCAUUUUCUCUAAUGCUUGAAGCAUAAAACAGGCUAAUUACAAAGUAAAUGAGUCUUGACUGCUAACUGUUGCUUGCAAUAAAAUAUCACAUCCCACCAUUACGCUGUGCAGUCCCAUGAGCCCGGCGAACUAGCAGCUCCAGAUAAGCAGUGCUACCCACAAAACCUCAAUGGUUUCCCAAACUAAAACAUCUUGGGGCAUAGCUGACAGUAGUUCCACCAAAAAAAUAUCUCUGUGUCUUUAGUUAAUGGAUUCAUAGCCAUUCUAAGUAAUUGUUUGGUCUACAGGCAGUUUUGUUUGAUAGCAUAGAGUUACAUUCUCUCUCUUUAUAAGGACUUCAUGACCUGAUGAACAGCUCUAGACUUGGUCUCUCAAUGCAUUUGUUUAAGUCUGUUUAGAACCUUAGCACAACACGACACGUGCCCUGAAACUUUGCAGCCAGACUUGCAAGACGCGUGCGUAGUCAUAAAUGUUGAUGGUCAAUGAACAAGCAGGGGAAUGCUAAGCUUCUCUUAACGCCUACCCACCCACCACCUCAGGCCCUUCCCUAGAAGAGAAGCUCUUCUCGUCUUGCGACCUCACCGCCCACAGCCAGGCUCAGGUCCACUUCAGACAGCACCAGCCUCUGGCCCAGCAGGGCUCCCGGGUUCCCCCCUCGGGCAGAGCCCAGUUCCAGCCCAGCGUCAAGGCGCGCAACUGGGCGCAGCCCUCACUGGACCUGGGGGUAGCAUUCACCAUGGGAACGAGCCCAGUAGCCUCAGCACCUGUGGUGGCGGCUGACCCUCCCGCUGGGGACAAACGGGCUCCUGGCCAAGAAGACUGCCCAGCCCAGGCUACAGGCACCGGUGCAGGUGUCGGGGGGUACCCACAGCAGGAACAUCUGCAGCCCAUGGUGCCCACCUGGCUCUACAACGACAGCCUCAUCCCAGAGAUGUUUAAGAAGGUGCUGGAGCUCACCAUGACCCCCGCGGGCAUCGAUACAGCAAAGCUGUUCCCCAUCCUGAUGUCGUCGGGGCUCCCCCGCGAGGCCCUGGGGCAGAUUUGGGCUCUGGCCAAUCGCACCACGCCAGGCAAGCUGACCAAGGAGGAGCUCUACACCGUGCUGGCCCUCAUUGGUGUAGCACAGAGUGGUCUCCCAGUGAUGAGCCCUGACAUCCUGAACCAGUUCCCCUCUCCGCCCGUCCCUAACCUGCCAGGCCUCGCCAUGGCAAUGCCUGCUGUCAUGCCACAGCACCAGCAGCCAAUCAUGGCCCAGCCGCCUGUCUCCAUGGCGAUGCAAAACCCAACACCAGCUGCCUCCAUGGCCAUGCCCACUGCAGCGCCGGCCAUCUCCAUGGCGAUGCCCACACCUGCAGCACCUGUCAUUGGCAUGACCCCUAACCCUCCGACUGCACAGCCCACCGCCAGCUUCAUCGCCACCUUCCCGCCGGUGCAGGGACCCAAAGCAACAGCAGAUGACGACGACUUCCAGGACUUCCAGGAGGCUCCGAAGGCAGGAGGAGGAGGAGAGGACUCCUUCACCGAGUUCCAGGGCGAGUCUGGGAGCUCCUUUCCCACUACAGCCGCCCCUCAGAGCAGUGCUCCCUCAAUGCUGACGCCCGUAUCUGGAUCUUCGUCCUCCUCAUCCUCAGACAAGUACGCAGCCUUUAAGCAGCUGUCUGUGGAGGUGCCCCCAGAGCCUGCGCCUCCUGCCUCAGAUGGUGGGGAUAAAUACAGUGUGUUCCGAGAGCUGGAGCACCCAGGGGACAGGAAACGCGUAGGCGAAGGAUUUGCCGACUUCAAGUCCGUCAGUGUUGACGAUGGCUUCACCGACUUCAAGACGGCUGACAGCGUCUCUCCACUAGAGCCGCCCGACCCCGCCAAAGUCCUACAGCCAAUGUUCCCCCCUCCCACCUUCCCCCCCCAGCCUCACUCUCUCUCUCAGCAGGCCUCAGCACCUCUCUCUCAGCCCCGCAACCCCCUCAACAUGGCCGACCUGGACCUCUUCUCCUCUGCGCCCACUUCUUCCUCUUCCUCUCUUCCCACCUCGGCUCCUCCGGCGGAACCCCAGGCGCCCUCUCUGCUGCUGCCGCCUGCCCCAGGAGCCGGAGGAACCGCGGACGACUUCGGCGACUUUGCCCUCUUCGGUUCUUCUUCCGCCGCAGACAUGCCGACAGGUUCUGGCAUCGGUGGAGGCGUCUCGGCAGCCCAGCAGCAGGACGAUUUUGCUGACUUCCUGGCGUUCGGAAGCUCGUCGGAGUCCCGUGGUGGCGGCGGUGUGCCUCAGAGGCAACCCAGCUUGGGCUCAUGCUCGGGCCCUGACCGGUACGACGUCUUCAAGCAGCUCUCCCUAGACGGUGGCAUCGGCUCGGCAUACAACGACGACAACAACAGUGGCAACGGUAAGGACAGCGGCGGUGGAGGCUGUGGCGGGCUCUCGGGUGGCCUGUCGGGCUCCUUCUCCUCGCCGCGCGGCAGUGACGUGGCAGCCGACGACUUUGCUGACUUCCAGGCGUCGCGGCUGGGCAUGGGCAUGGGCACGGCACUAGGCUCGGGCAGCUCGGCGUCGGACCGCUGCAGCCCGGCCGAACGCGCCUUUCGGCAGGCCAAGGAGGACACGGCCUCCGUCAAGUCCCUGGACCUGCCCUCCCUGGGCGGCAGCAGCAGUGGCGGCGGCGCUGGCCGCGAGGAGGACGCCCUGUCCCUGCAGCUGGACCUGAAGCUGGUGGAGGCCGGCGGCGACCUCCGCCACGGCGCCUCCGACAGCUCACUGGACCUGCCAGGCCUCUCCGCGCACCAGCCACACACCGCAGAUUCUGAUGACCUCAAAUUUGACCCGUUCGGCACAGCCAGCAGCAGCAGGACCAGUUACGACUGGUCUGAGCGAGAGGACCUCCCUUCCAGUCAGGAGAGGAGGCCCCAGACCACCGCCCAGCGCCAGGAGACCACAUCCUUCGGCAGCUCGGAGAACGUCACCCAGACGACCAUCCCCAAGGUGACCGCCUUGCCCAGCGAGGACAGCGGAUCCAGUGGCGGGGGCGACCGCUUUGAGGCCUUCGCCCGCUUCGGCACCGGCGGAGGCGAGGAGGAUGAGGACGACGACUUCGGCGACUUCGCCAGCACCGUGUCCGAGAAGUCCGAUUCCCCUCCGGUUGCUGUCGAGACAGGGUCAGAGUUCACAUCUGGGUCGGAGGUCAUGGCUGGCUCGGAGGCGUGGGAUGAGUUUGGGGCCUUCCAGGGUGACAAGCCCAAGUUUGGCAAGCUGGAUUUCCUGAAGGCCAGCUCCCAGGCCAAGGUCAAGUCCAGCGAGGAGAUGAUCAAGAACGAGCUGGCCACCUUUGACCUCUCUGUGCAAGGGUCCCACAAGCGCAGCCACAGUCUGGGUGAGAAGGAGCUGGGUCACUGCAGCGCCCCGUCCCCGGCGCCCGAGGCCCCCUUCAGAGACCGCUCCAGCACGCUCAGCGACAAGCCCGCCCUGCCCGUCAUCAGGGACAAGUACAAGGACCUGACCGGAGAGGUGGAGGAGAGCGAGCGCUACGCCUACGAGUGGCAGAGGUGUCUGGAGAGCGCUCUGCAGGUCAUCACCAUGGCCAACAACACCCUGAAUGGCAUCAGCAGCUCGACUGUGUGCACUGAGGUGAUCCAGUCAGCCCAAGGCAUGGAGUACCUGUUAGGAGUGGUGGAGGUGUAUCGCGUGACCAAGCGCGUGGAGCUGGGCAUCAAGGCCACAGCCGUGUGCUCAGAGAAGCUCCAGGAGUUGCUGAAGGACAUCAACCGCGUGUGGAACAACCUCAUGGGCUUUAUGUCUCUCGCCAACCUCACGCCUGAUGAGAGCUCCCUGGACUUCUCCUCUUGUAUUCUACGCCACGGCAUUAAGAACGCUAAGGAGCUUGCCUGUGGAGUGUGCCUGCUCAACGUGGACUCCCGCAGCAAGAAGAAGGAAGAGAAUGGCACCCUGGGACGUCUGUUUAAGAGAGCCUUCAACUCGGAGACGGACAACUUCAAGCUGACGUACGGCGGGCACCAGUACCACGCUAGCUGCGCAAACUUCUGGAUCAACUGCGUGGAGCCCAAACCACCCGCCCUCAUCCUGCCCGACCUACUCUAAGGGGCGUCGCCACUGCUCCUGCGCUGCUACCACGGAAACGCACACAAGGGUAGCCGACACUGGAUGAAUGCCGAAGCCGGGCAUCGUACCCUAAAACCCCCACCCCCCCGCCACCACCACCCCCACCCCCCCUUCCGUAUUCCCCUCUUUCGUCUCUUGCCCUGUCUGCUAGCAGGGAGGACUCGCUCAGCAAUGUAGAGCAGAUCAGAACGGUUCCCCAGCAUCCAUCUGUAUUUAUUUAUUUAUUGCUUCGUGUGUUUAUUCUGUCGACGAGACUUCCUGUCACUUGAUUGUUUUGCGGGCGCUUGUCGCCUUUUGAGAAGGUGGCUGAAAUCUUCUCUAGGCUCAUAAAUGAUUCUGAUACCUACAUCAUUUUCCCUCUUUGCCAUGUGUUUCCCAUGUACAUCAGCCACUUUUCUAACUGAGAGGAAGCAAGAGCAGGAGUCAGUCAGUAUUCUUCAUCGGUGCGCCCGUCUGUCUGUCUCUUCUUCUUGGCCAGUUGUUUGCCAUAAUAUUGCGGUGAUCUGACACUGACCCCUUGCUCUUGCCAAUGCGGCAUCUUGUCUUCUAGUCUUCUGGGAGGCUAUUCCUAAGCACAGCUCCACGUCACCCACAUAAGCACGUGCUCACUAGUUUGAGCUGGAGAGAAGCAGGACUGCCCUAAAAGUAGGCGUCACUGUUCCACCUCUGGCUUGAAGCCACCUAAGACAAAGUGACAAGCUUAAGUAUAACCUUAUGAAUUCAAAUGAAUGAAUGUGAAAUCAAAUUUAAGAAAUGUUGAGCACUGACUCUGUUUGAAACGCUGCUUUUAGCAUUCCAGACUUUAUUAGUCUUAUUUUGAGGACCUUGCUUGGAAGCGGGAGAGAUUGGGUUGUUGUUCAUAGUCAUCCCCAGAACUAUCUUUUUUCGUUUUCAGGUCUUUUUCUACUCAUGUGAGCACAUAUCACUGGAGAAACUAACUUAUCUAUUCAGACAGGGUUUAAAUGUAUCAGUUGUGUGUUUUGUUUUUGUUGUGGAAUACUUUAAUUCUGGGGUUUCUGAGUGUCUAUUCCGAAAGAUGAGGCAAUGUCUGAAAUUUUAAAUGUUUGGAUUUUUUUGUAGCACAUCUGAAUGUCUUCUCUUUACAGUGUUAUUUUUUUUUUUUGACGGUAUCAUGUUGAAAAUCUAUCUUUGCUACUUGAAAGAUGUGUUUCUUUUUCGGUCGAGUGGUAUUAAAAGGGAAGGUACAUAUCAGUGGACUCUGAAGACAGAAGGUAAAGACUCUACGGCCGACUGUAAAUACUGGAUUUGGAAUGAGCCUGCUGUUGGGGUGAAGGCAGUCGCAGCAGCACUUUGUGUGUUCAUGACGCUCAUAGUAUUGCGUUGACCAAUGUAAACCAUGUGAUGAUUUAUCAUGCAGAUUAAAAAUAUGUAUAUCAAAA